GGCGGCUGGCGGGCCGCGGGCGGGCGGGCGGCGGGGCCGGGCCGGCGCCGGGGCCCGCCACGAUGCCCCGGCGGAAGCAGAGCCACCCGCAGCCGGUGAAGGGUGAGUGCGCGGCGGGCCCGGGGGGCGGCGGCGGCGGCGGCCCGGCGGGGACCCGCGGCGCUCGGAGCGCCGCAGCGGACGCCGAAGAUGGCACCGAGGAGACGGCAAGAGCGGCGGUGGUGCUGCCCGGGGACCUGCUGCUGGGCCGUGGCCCGGCCUCCGAGAAGGGACCGCCAGCAGACACACUGGUGGGGAAGAUCGCAAUUCCAGCGUACGCCCUGAGCGACGACGACUGCUCCUCUGGGUACCAGCAGCUGAGCGUGGAGAGUGACCCCGAGGAGGGGGGCGAGCCUGGCCCUGCGGCGCUGCCCUGCCGCCAGUGCGGGCUGCAGCUGGCUGCCAGCCUGGGCCAGAGCUGCCUGCAGUGCGCCGGCGCCGAGGGCGGCCGCAGCCAGCGCAUCGUCUACUCCUGCCAGCUCUGCCCCUUCGCCUCCCACUACUCCAGCCACCUCAAGCGCCACAUGAAGACACACAACGGGGAGAAGCCUUUCGCCUGCCCGCAGUGUGCCUACGCCUCUGCCCAGCUGGUGAACCUGACCCGGCACCUGCGCACGCACACCGGGGAGAAGCCGUACCGCUGCACGUGCUGCAGCUUCGCCUGCAGCAGCCUGGGCAACCUCAAACGCCACGAGCGGGUCCACAGCCAGGACAAGCCCUUCCAGUGUGCUGCCUGCGACUACCGCUGCAACCAGAGCCGCAACCUGAAGCGGCACAUGCUCAGCCACCGCCUGCCUGAGGGCGAGGGGCCACACCGGCGGGACAAGGACCCAGAGCCACUGCUGCCGGAGCUGAGCCUGCACGUGGGCAGCGGCAGCGGCGCCUUCCUGCCAGGCUGCGCGCGGCUGCGGGGCGAGGAGGCAGCCGCGCUGCCCGAGCUGCUCUUCCCCUUCACGUGCCGCAUGUGCGGGCUGGUGCUGGACGACGGCUUCGCGCAGGACGAGGGCCUGGCCGAGCAGGUCUGCGGGCGCUGCAGCCUGGCGGUGCUGGGCACCGAGCCGGGUGCCAGCCCCCGGAAGGGCACUGGGGACAAGGGCUUUGCCUGCAGCCUCUGCCCCUUCGUCACCCACUACCCCAACCACUUGGCGCGGCACAUGAAGACGCACAGCGGGGAGAAGCCCUUCGCCUGCCCGCUCUGCCCUUACGCCUCCGCCCACCUGGACAACCUGAAGCGGCACCAGCGCGUGCACACAGGCGAGAAGCCCUACAAGUGCCAGCUCUGCGACUAUGCCUGCGGCAACCUGGCCAACCUCAAGCGUCACGGGCGCAUCCACUCAGGCGACAAGCCCUUCCAGUGCAGCCUCUGCAGCUACAGUUGCAACCAGAGCAUGAACCUGAAGCGGCACAUGCUGCGGCAUACGGGCGAGAAGCCCUUCCAGUGCCGGGACUGCUCCUACACCACUGGUCACUGGGACAACUACAAGCGCCACCAGAAGAUCCACGGCCACACAGCCGAGAGCUGGGUGAACCCGCGCAAUGCCAAAGCCCUCCUGGCCCCCCCAGCCGUGGGCACGGCCCUGCCCUGAGACAGCACUUAGCCCGGCAGUGGGCCUGGGGUGCCGCGGUGCCUGCCCUCCCUGGGGGAGGGAGGACAGGCGGGCAACUCUCGGGGGCUUAGGGCUGCCUUACACCAGGCCCAGAGGCGCACUGGGGCCUCCAGCAGCCCCGUCCUGCCUGGGCAGGGUGAAGUCACGACCGGCAGCUCUGACCCCUCUCCGUGUGGCAGCACCGCCAUGUCCCCAGCCACCCCACCUGCCUGUUUCUGCCUGCCGGAGCCUUCCUCUGCCGGGGUUUGGGGAAAAGGGGGGAGGGGGGAACAGGACUGGUUCCAUGGCUGCUGCCGUGCUGGUCGGUGUAAUUUAUAUUGUGUAUAAAAGCAUUAAACAGUCAGUUUUGUUAUCUGCUCUUCA